GUGUAGCGGGCCGCCUGGAGGUCCGCGUGGAGACGGCUCAGAGUUGUCUGCCUCGGUCUCGGACACCCGGGGAAUCUCCCGGUGCUUUUUGGUGUGCCGCGCGGCAGGAGGCGCGGGUAGUUUGCUUCCAGUGGAAUUAGGUGGUGUGCCAUGGGGCUUACCAAGCAGUACCUGCGUUAUGCUGCCAGUGCUGUCUUUGGUUUGAUUGGUAGCCAGAAGGGCAACAUUGUCUUUGUAACUCUGCGUGGUGAGAAGGGACGCUAUGUGGCAGUACCAGCCUGUGAGCAUGUCUUCAUCUGGGAUAUACGGAAAGGAGAGAAGAUUCUUAUUCUUCGGGGGCUUAAACACGAAGUUACCUGUUUAUGUCCCUCACCAGAUGGACUGCACUUAUCUGUGGGCUAUGAGGAUGGGUCUAUCCGCAUCUUCAGUCUUCUGAGUGGUGAAGGGAAUGUGACCUUCAAUGGACACAAGGCAGCUGUCACUGCCCUGAAUUAUGAUCAACUAGGGGGCAGUCUAGUGUCUGGGUCCAAGGACACUGAUGUUAUUGUGUGGGAUGUGAUCAAUGAGAAUGGCCUCUACCGUCUGAAGGGACAUAAGGAUGCCAUCACACAGACACUGUUCCUACGAGAAAAAAACCUACUAAUUACCAGUGGCAAAGACACUGUAGUGAAAUGGUGGGACCUUGAUACACAGCAUUGCUUCAAAACAAUGGUUGGCCACCGAACUGAGGUUUGGGGACUGGCUCUGGUUUCUGAAGAUAAACGCCUCAUCACCGGAGCUGCGGACAGUGAGCUGAGGGCAUGGGACAUCACCUUUAUAGAGGAGAUGAAAGACCUUGAUGAACCCAACUCAAAGAAGAGCAGAGGAUCUUCGCUUGGGAUGCAGGGGACUCAUGGGACAGUGACUGGGGACCCUGAAGCGGAUGAAGACCCUGAGGAUCGUAUUCUUUCAUGUAGCAAAGCUGGUUCCAUAAUGCGGGAAGGAAGAGACCGCGUUGUAAAUCUUGCUGUUGACCGGACAGGCAGGAUUCUUGCUUGUCACGGAACUGAUUCUAUUUUAGAAGUGUUUUGUAUUCUUUCCAAAGAGGAAAUUCAGAAGAAAAUGGAUAAGAAAAUAAAGAAAGCCAGGAAAAAAGCUAAAUUAAGUUCUGGGGAAGGGGAGCAGGAGGACGUUGCAGUCAGUGUGUCUGUGCAAGACGAGAUCCAGCGGGUAGCUCGCAUCAAAGCUUCGGCCAAGAUCAAGUCCUUUGACUUGAUUCAUUCUCCCAAUGGAGGGUUGAAAGCUGUCUUCCUGCUGCAAAACAACCUAGUAGAAGUGUAUACUCUGAACCCAUCCAUGCCCGCCCCACAGCCCAUCAGGACAGCCAGGAUCACCAUCGGGGGUCACCGCAGUGAUGUCCGCACCUUGUCAUUUAGUUCUGACAAUAUUGCUGUCCUUUCAGCGGCUGCUGAUUCUGUCAAGAUAUGGAACAGGUCUACACUGCAAUGUAUUCGGACAAUGACUUGUGAAUAUGCUCUCUGCUCAUUAUUUGUUCCUGGAGAUCGGCAGGUGAUCAUAGGAACAAAGACAGGGAAGCUGCAGCUUUAUGACUUGGCUUCAGGAAAUUUGCUGGAGACAGUUGAGGCACAUGAUGGAGCUUUGUGGUCAAUUUCACUCUCUCCAGAUCAGCGUGGCUUUGUGACUGGUGGUGCUGACAGAUCUGUCAAGUUCUGGGAUUUUGAGUUGGUGAAAGAUGAAAACUGUGCCCAAAAAAGGCUUUCUGUGAAGCAGACCCGGAUCUUGCAGCUUGAUGAGGAAGUUCUCUGUGUGCGCUAUUCCCCCAGUCAGAAGUUGCUGGCUGUGUCUUUGCUGGACUGUACGGUGAAAAUCUUCUAUGUUGACACUUUGAAGUUUUUUCUGUCUUUAUAUGGACACAAACUACCUGUUCUGUGCAUGGACAUCUCUUAUGAUGGAGCCCUGAUAGCAACUGGCUCUGCAGACAGGAAUGUGAAAAUCUGGGGCUUAGACUUUGGGGACUGCCAUCGGUCUCUCUUUGCUCAUGAUGACAGUGUCAUGUGUCUGCAGUUCGUAUCCAAGUCUCAUCUCUUCUUCACUGCUGGGAAGGACCACAAGAUUAAACAGUGGGAUGCAGAUAGGUUUGAACACAUCCAGACCUUGGAGGGCCACCACCAGGAGGUGUGGUGCUUGGCUGUUAGUCCUAAUGGUGAUUACGUUGUAUCGUCAUCCCAUGACAAAUCCCUCAGACUGUGGGAGAGAACAAAGGAACCGCUCAUCUUGGAGGAAGAGCAGGAGAUGCAAAGAGAAGCAGAGUAUGAGGAGAGUGUGGCCAAAGAAGACCAGCCAGUAGUUCCUGGAGAGGCUCAAGGUGACACUUACUUUCCUGGAAAGAAAACUAUCGAAACCGUCAAAGCGGCUGAGAGAAUCAUGGAGGCCAUCGUGCUGUACCGAGAAGAGACCGCAAAGAUGAAAGAACAUGAAGCCAUUUGUAAAGCUGCAGGGAAAGAGGUUCCUCUUCCGGUUAACCCCAUCUUAUUGGCUUAUGGAAACAUCUCGCCUUCCGCAUAUGUUCUGGAAGUGUUUAAAGGAGUCAAGUCAAGCGAGUUGGAGGAGGCCCUCCUGGUGCUGCCUUUCUCGUAUGUGCCAGACAUUCUGAAGCUUUUUGAUGGAUUUUUCCAGCUGGGCUCUGAUGUUGAACUCCUCUGCCGAUGCCUCUUCUUCCUCCUCAGGAUUCACUUUGGGCAAAUCAGUAGUAACCAAAUGCUUGUACCAGUGAUAGAGAAAUUGAAGAAAACAACCAUUUCAAAAGUCAGUGAAGUCCGGGAUGUGAUUGGAUUCAACAUGGCAGGCCUUGAGUUUCUAAAAAGGGAAUGUGAGGCAAAGAGUGAAGUUGAAUUUUUCUCCGAUGCCACAAGCAGUUUGGAAGAGAAGAAACGGAAGAGGAAAAAAAGGGAGAAGCUGAUUGUGACUUUGACUUAGAGCUCGAACCCCUGAGCUAUUUUCACAUUCCCAGUAACUGUGCCUCUCAAAAUAGAAGGAACAGUUUCCUGACCUGAAUGUACAGAUACUGACAUCAUGGGAAAAAACACGGGGCUCUAGUCCACACUAUGCUACUGACUAGCCAUGGGGCCUUGGGCCACUCUGCUUCCAUCUUCUCAUCUAUAAAAGGGGGGGGUUGGACUCGAUGGUCCCAUGUGGUGCCUUGCAGCUUUAAAACACUGGAGUUGGGACCUUUCAAGUACCAGAUGACAAAGGAAUCAUUGGACUGCUAAAGUACUUUGGAAGAAUCCGUCUCACAACAGGGGAAGUUAACUCAGGAACCUCAUGCAGGGCCUCAAACUUUCCUUGUUGGCCAAGGCUAGACACGUUCUCGAGUGAUUGACUUUCUUUUUCUCACUGUUCUUAUUAAUUAGCAGAGGGGUUCUUGAACUCUUAAACUCAAGGGUUGGCGUUACCGACUUAGGAAUUUUACUUAUUUACUCUAUUGCUGGACAUGUGUGAAUAUUCUGAGUUGCUUUUUUUUUUGUUCUUUUCCCCACUAGGAAACUUUCCUAAGGUGUAUAAUUAAGUAUCUCUUUUUCUUAAUGCAUUAUCGUUCUAAAAAGCUUAGGUAAAGCAGGAAUUCCUUAUGCCUUUUACUCUAGAGACAUUUUUUUUGUGCUUGUAUGUAAAAAGAUCUUUAUGUAAUUGUAUUUCUUUCAGUGAAAUAAUUAUUUUUAAGUAAAAUAAGGUCAUGAUUAGAUGACUAGUCUGGACUCUUGGAUUUUUAGUAUAGAAAUCUAGGAAAUUGUUACUUAGACAGAGCAAGUAAUUCACUUCUGUUCACUGAAUAUGCUUUCACUCCCUUCCCAAGCUCUGAACAAGUUUACUGAGCCAUUCAAAUUCCUUACAAUGAAUCUGCCAAUCGAUCCCCCAUAUAGGAGAGUGUAGCUGGAAUGAGGCAACAUGUGCAUGCAUAUGUAGAGAAAGUUCUGGCCGCAUUUAAGGAGCUACAAAAAAGAAGUGUAGAAAAUAACAACUAGCUUGUUGCUACAGUGACCUUUCCUUGGUUUUUCUUUGUGAAACCCAGAGGAAGCUCUUGAAUCUUAUGAGUGGAGAGCAGCGCAACACAGAGAAAAGAAACCUGCUAUUAGUUCAAUUAGGGGAGGUAUCAAGCACAAGAGUUAGAUGUUCAAAAUGUCAAAGCCUUCAGUGCUUUAAAAAUACCUCUGCCUUCCUGAAACUGUGUCUGACAUCCUCCCAGCCAGAAAAAUCUGCCCUGCUUUAUUUAGUCUUAGCUGUCAGUUACAGAAUGGGAUGCUUUUUUUCAUGAACAUGUCUAGUGAUUUUAAUGGGAUACCAAGACAAACUCCAGAAAACAAGUUACCCUGGGUUCUAAGACUACUUCCUGCUACUUUUAUUUGUCCUUUGAACCAUCUUAUUCCUAGUUAGCAGCUACCAGGAAAGAUGAGGGUAUAUAUGUGGACAGCAAAUGACAAUAAUGGACUGACCAAGAAUGAGAUGAGUUGGGGCUUUUUGGUCAAAAUACUGGAUGUCUUUAAGCCUGACACUGUCUAAUAAAGAGCAAGAAAUACACAAUGCUUAGUACUAAGGCAUUUUAUUAAGUGUAUUUUUCUAGCAGACAGUAGAACAGUUUUAGCUUAAAAUACUGCGUGGAAAAACAACACAUGUAGUUUGUAAGGCAUUUGACCUUGAAGCUUAAAAGAGAACUGUAAGUAGGCCUACUGUAUGCCCAAGGUGGAUGAAGGUUAGUUUUCUUUGUUCUCAGCAGCAAGUAGUCUGAUAAUCACAUCUGUAAUUAAAUUUAUUGAAAUUCACAUUAUCUUCUCUUCAUCGUGCUUGUGCCAACAGCACUGUUUUUUAAUUCUAAGAGAGAUAUGACAAACAAUUUCAUGUAUAGACUAAAUCCCCCUGAAACAAAGUUAUGAAACAAUAUACAACCAUGCAUCUGACAUAAAUGGGUGAAGUCCAGUGUGUCAAGUUGCCAGGCUUUUUGUCAUGAGAUAUCUCCACCACCAUUGGCACUGAGACAGCAGUGGAAAUACUGGGGAAAUAUUUUUACUUGAUUUUGAAGGCAAUGACAUUUGAUUUUAAAGACUGUAUUGAUUAAGAUGUUUCAUUCUGCAAGAACUAAAAUCCAAAAAAAGACCUAUGCCCAGCUUCCCAUUAACAAAUUAGCAAGUUAAACGAAAUACUUUCAACCUAUUUAGGGCAAGUGGAAGGAGACCUCUCACAAUUCCCACCCCUUUGUUCUUUUGUUCCCUAUCUGGAUACAAUGCAUACAAUUAGGCAUUUCUAGAAAUGUUUUGUGCACUUGUUAACUUUUUUGUAUUCAAAUGAAUGAAACUGCUACUCACUGACAUCCAUUAUAAUUUCAGCUUAGCAGACUUUGCUAUUAAGAUAUUGAAAAGUUCCUCAAUAACAGGAGACUUGAAAGUAACUCCAGUUUGUUUCAAAAGAAAUUUCAAAUUUUCUUCUGAAACUCCCUGGGAUAGACAUUAUGUUCAUUUUUCAGUCAUGAGGGAGCCACAAAAAUUUACAGAAAGCUUAGAGCAUUUGAUACAAUCUUUCUCAUAUCCCUGUGAGAUAGAGACAUAUUCUUUUCCUUUUAUAAAUGGGAAUAUAAAUGAAAUAUGCAGCAACAGUUAAUUGGCAUAGCCAUAGUCAGAUCUUGAUUAGGUAUUAUUUGUGCCACAGAGGCGUAUGGCAAAUAGAGUGACAUUUAUGACAACUCUACUAAAUGGAUCCUUGAACCAUGGUACAUGGUCUUACUGGUGAGUAUGUGAAAACUUCUUAGCUUGGGAAAUGGUGCCAAACAGAUCUAAAUUAUUGGGAUGAAUUAGGAGCUUAGAAUAAGUGUUUUUGAUACACUAUGUUAGAUACCCACUUACGUUAGAAGCAUGGUUUUUAUAUCGUGUUUAUAUGUGCUUCCUUGGAUCUGAGAUCUCUGAAUGUCUUAGGGUUGUAAUAGUGACAUUCCAUAGCUAUGAGUGAACAGGGCCUAAUAAUAAACUACUACAUGCUAGUAA